CGCAAACGAAAUAUACCACGUCAAAUCAGUACAACUUCCCGUCACAGCACUCCCUUGUCUCUCCUCGUAAUCUGCACAGCAACAGUCUUCCUCAUCAUCCACAACGAGCUCGCACUUUUUCACCCGAAAAUUCUUUGUUUGUGCUCAUCACCGUCAACGUCGAGCGCAACACCACCCUUAUUUAGCUUCUGAAGAAAUAUUCGGACAUUAGCUUGACUGCCACAGCGUCCUUCUCUUUAAAUCUCCUGGUCCCACGAGGCGACCUGUCUUUACAAAACUUAAGCUGGCUACUGCCUCAUUAUUUCUUCCUCUCUUUGCAUCUUACUUGUAGCUACUUUGUUUCUCUAUGUCACUCAGCCGAAUUCUCAACGACGAACCACCCCCGGCGAGAAAAUCCGCUUCCUCACGUACUGGUGGCGUCGAUCCUUCGUUAGCAGACGUGUCCCCUCUCUCCCGAGCCACAGUCAUGUCUCCUCAUCCCCAAACUCUUCGUCGGAGUAUAACUCCUCUCGGGGAGCAGCCACCACUUCCUCGUGGAUAUUCUUACCAGACAUCCUCUUAUCAAGGUGCCGGAGGUUGGGAUCCAUACUCGGGUGACUAUGUUCAGGGAGAGAUCCUUCCUCUUGGCCCAGGAGGUAACUAUUAUUCUCAACGUGAAUGGGAUGGACAGCACCAGCCUCCACCUUCAGAACCUCGCGCAUCUUCCGUGGGCGCUUACUACAAGGAAGGCGAAAACGAAUCCACACCACGAAAAAGGAGAAAGGCUGUAGCUCCAGAUGACGACCCCGAUUACCAACCUCCGAUUGUAAAGCGCGCGCCUCGUCGAAAUCCUCCUCGUGCAAAAGCAAAUCGCCCCGAGUCGCCUCUUCUGGAGGGGGUAGAUCCUGCACCAGCUGCACGAGAGUACCAUCAAACUGAAGAGGAACGACGUCUGGCAUCUUCCGACCUCUCGGACUGUGAAGAAGUGUGGAUUGGUGACCUUAGCGACUAUAUCAUAGAGACACAUUUGCGCCAGCGUAAGGUAGAAUCGUGGUUUGAUGCCAGCGUUUUGGAACGCAACUCCAGCACGGCGCUGACACUGUCACGCCACUAUGUGUCCCGCAUUGCACGGAUGCCCCUUCCGCCUCCAACGCCCCCGCCGAUACCUCCUUCUGUUGAGGAGGAGCUUCUGUCUACUAUUCACGCUUCCCCACCUCCCGAUGCAUAUGAUUAUGGAGCUCCGGAUAACUACGAACCUGGCUCGACUAGAUUUGGUGCAGAAGACGCAGCUCGGUUGUUUGAGGAGUCUUACCUCGGUCGCAAUCAGAAGCACAAGGACUCACUCAAGCGUGGUGCAGAUGGUGCAGAUUCAGACGAGAGCAGUGACCUUGAGAUCCCUGUUUCAUCCAGAAACAAACCUGCAGCGAAGAAGCGCAAGGUCGACAAAGACUCUGCUUCAAUCGCUGACGAGUUCGAACGAUCUAUCGGCGGGAUCAGCCCUUCCAAAUUUGCUUCAUCAAAAGCGAAAGGGAAGGGUAAACAGAGUCAGUUGCGGGAAGCGAGCACAGACAGUGUUGUACCGAGUGCAACACCCAAAAGUCGCAAGAGGGGUGGUGGCGGGAAGAAGCUUUUGCCACCUGAUACUCUUGGGGGCCUUGGUAUUGGCUCCGCUGGAGCAUCGGUCGCUGGAGACAUCACGCCUUCGGCAUCUAGGCCUGUAUCGCCUGCGCUCACUGCAACUUCUGUCGUGUACGAGUUAGACGAGAUCGUUCCUCCUCUCAAGCGUGCUAAAAAGAUUGACGAGAAUGCUAUGGCCAAACGCUUGAAGAAUUUGGAGGAGGCUCAGAAGAAAGUUUGGACAAACAUCGCUCGGAGAGACAUUGCUAAGGUGUACAAGUACGCCGCGAUGGGCUACCAGGCUCGUCAAGGUCAGCUCAAGCGCUUGGCCACACUAUCAUCCAUCCAAGCACGUCGGCCUUUCACGAAAACCGCGAAAGCUCAAAAGGACAUUCAAGCAAAAGGCAAACGCUUGAUGCGCGAGAUGUUGGUCUUCUGGAAGAAGAAUGAACGGGAAGAGAGAGACGUCCGAAAACGCGAGCAGAAGGAGGCCAUUGACAGGGCGAAGGUCGAGGAAGAGAAAAGGGAGGCGGCACGUCAAGCACGCAAACUUGAGUUCUUGAUCAGUCAAACUGAGUUGUAUAGCCAUUUCGUCGGUAACAAGCUCAAGACUUCUGAAGUACAAGGAGAUACUCCGGAAACCUCGACGCCAGUGGGUGCUGCUCUCGAAGACGUUGACCCAUCAGUACUUCGAGAGAUUGACUUUGAUGACGAGGACCAAACCAAUCUUCACCGACAUGCACGGCAUAACGCUCAGGAAGCUAUCGCUCUUGCCAGACAAAGGGCUCAGCAAUUUGACACGCAAGCUGCACUCGAUAGGAAAACGAACGAAGCUUUGAAACUUGCCAAGGCUCAGGCCCACAUCAGGGACGAUGACGAGUCAGGGCUCUCAGGCAUUUCGAAUACGCCCUUGGUUGACUUGGACUCCGAUGAACUCAACUUCCAGAAUCCCACGUCACUCACUGGAGAACUCAAGAUCAAGCAACCGAAGAUGCUCAUGGCGCAGCUGAAGGAGUACCAACUCAAAGGUCUGAAUUGGCUCGCUACGUUGUACGAACAAGGUAUCAAUGGCAUUCUCGCUGACGAGAUGGGUCUCGGAAAGACCGUACAAUCAAUAUCUCUCCUUGCGUACCUUGCUGAGGUACACGACAUAUGGGGGCCAUUUUUGGUUGUCGCGCCAGCCUCCACAUUGCACAACUGGCAACAGGAGAUCACUCGCUUUGUGCCUGGUCUGAAAGCCUUGCCUUACUGGGGGAACGUCAAAGACCGAACCACCUUGCGCAAGUUCUGGAGCAAGAAAGAAAUCAGUUAUGACAAGGAUGCACCGUUCCACGUCCUGAUUACAAGCUACCAAUUGGUUACUCAAGACCAGCAGUACUUCCAGCGCGUGAAAUGGCAAUAUAUGGUUCUGGACGAAGCUCAGAACAUCAAGAAUGCCUCUAGUGUGCGAUGGAAAACACUGCUCGGAUUCCAAUGUCGCAAUCGUUUGCUUUUGACGGGCACACCAAUCCAAAACUCAAUGCAAGAGCUGUGGGCAUUGCUUCACUUCAUCAUGCCCAGUCUUUUUGACUCCCAUGACGAGUUCAACGAAUGGUUCUCCAAGGAUAUCGAGAACGCCGCAGAGAACAAGGGCAGCAAGCUCAAUGAACGUCAACUACGGCGGUUGCACAUGAUAUUGAAGCCUUUCAUGUUACGGCGAGUUAAACGACACGUUCAAAACGAGUUGAGCGAGAAGAUUGAGAUCGAUCAUUACGUUGACCUGUCAUCACGCCAACGUACUCUCUAUCGUGCACUUCUGGCGAAUGUAUCUGUGGUAGAUCUAUUAGAGAAGGCCGCGAACAUAGGGGAUGCUGAUUCUGCUCGAUCACUAAUGAACCUCGUGAUGCAGUUCCGGAAGGUUUGUAACCAUCCCGAGCUCUUUGAACGUGCGGACGUGGUAGCUCCCUUCUCAUUCUCUCGCUUCGGCCAAUCUGGUCCGCUGAACCGUGAAGGCGAUUUCAUUGCCCUUCCUUACUCGACUCAUAACCCUAUUGAGUACCAAAUUCCGGCGUUAUUCCACCAAGAUGGCGGGCUUAUAGAUGUCCCUUGCGAAAAGUCUGGUUUGCGUAGGCGAUCGGACUGCACGAGUACCCUUUUCAAUAUUUGGUCGACGGAGUGGAUACAUCGUUCGACGUUCGACGAUAUUGAAGGUUCACCUGCGUUCGCAUUUCUUCGACUCCUGAACGCCACACCAAGUGAUGUCCACGGUCUUCAGGUGUCUUCCUUCAUGCGCAAUUGGCUUCGGGCUCUUGAGGAAGAAAACAGGAUUGUUGAGGACAGAGGGAUCUCAUCGGAAGCAGAAUUUGCAGCUCAUGCUUGCGCACAUCCAUUCAGCAUAAGCCCCCGUCUCUCUUUGAGCCUGGAUACCGCAGAAGGCCUGCCACAUCUUCUCGAUAUAUCUUUAACAGCUUGGCAGGGAUCUAAUCUAGCUCGACCGGCCUUGAAGUGGUUUGUGCCGCCGGCUGUAGCACCUCCAAUUUCUCUUUAUUGCACGGAUCGGACGUUCAUAGAGCAUCAAGUUCAAUUAUUGGAGGCACCAAUCGAAUCGUUAGCAAUCUACGGUCUCCCUCAGCACUUCCGAGAUUUGCCUACCAUUGAUCAGGCAUACCAUACCCUAGUUCCUGCUCUGUCUUCCGCAGGACUUGUCGGAAGUUCGCCUUCAGACCAGCUACCGUCUUCAAGCAUACAAAUACCAGAGGCAAAGAGACUUAUAUAUGACUCUGCUAAACUCGCUCGGUUAGAUGCCCUCCUUCAGGAGCUCAAGGCGGGCGACCAUCGUGUCUUGAUAUAUUUCCAAAUGACUCGUAUGAUGGACCUUAUGGAGGAAUAUCUGAUCUAUCGCCAGUACAAAUAUUUACGUCUCGAUGGCUCAUCGAAGCUGGAAGAUCGACGAGAUAUGGUGAUGGAUUGGCAGACACGCUCGGACAUCUUCAUAUUUAUUCUAAGUACUCGCGCGGGUGGUCUCGGAAUCAAUCUGACCGCAGCAGACACUGUUAUUUUCUACGAUCACGACUGGAAUCCGUCAAACGAUGCGCAGGCUAUGGAUCGCGCUCAUCGUCUUGGUCAGACGCGCCAAGUGACUGUCUAUCGCCUGAUCACGAAAGGCACCAUCGAUGAGCGUAUCAUUCAGUUAGCUCGUGUCAAGAAAGAUGUACAAGAUAUCGUGGUCGGCAACAAAAACUUCACAGACGUCACGAAACCCAGCGAAAUUGUCCAGCUUCUCCUCAACGAUGACCAGCUCGCAAACCUUGAUAGUUCGAAUACUUCGGGAUCCUCUUCGAAGAAAACAGGAAAACAAGCUGUGGGGGUUUCACAAGGCCCUUCUGGUGAUACUAUGCGAGAUCUUUGGAAUGAAGAAGGCGAUGACUUCUUUGGCCAUUCCAGCAAUAACAAUGCUGCUGCUGCACCGCCUGAGGGCGGGGAAGAAGAGGAGGGAACAACGGUGCCAGCCAAAGGAAAGAAGCGGAAAGCUAGUGCGGCACGUCCGCGAAAAACGACUGGAAAGGGGAGUAGAAAGAAGGAUCCUGGAACGGGGGAUGUGACUCCUGCUGUUGACGCUGAGUGAUUUUCUGUCUUUGUUGCUUUCACCUUUGCUUUGCUUUGUUCACGCACAUUACCAACUUCUGUAGAUUAAUUCAACUCCGUAUGUCAAUGUAGGUCUGGCAUUUAGUUACUUAUUGCAUGUCCUUAUAAUCUGUGUUAUUUAUGUGGAACUAUGAUCAGCGUGAGAAAUCUUAGAUAUGUAUCCAAUUGCACAAGUCAGUCACGUACUACAC